GAGAAGCGCUGGAGUGUAGGAGCGGUGGAAGGGGCGCGAGAGAGGCAGAGGGGGAAAAAGGCCCCCUCGGGGGGGACCGGCCGGAGCGAGCCGGCUGGGAAGAGGGGGCGGAGUGCGCGGAGCCAGGGGAGUCGCCGCUGCCGCAGUUGCCGCCACCGCGGCGUCUAGGCUGAGCCGGAGGGAGGCGGGGAGGGACGCGCAGGGGCGGCCGCCGCCGCCGUCGUCAGGCCACCGGGGCGACAUGCGGCCGCUGCCCGAGCCUCGCUAACUUUCCGGGCGGAAGAGGAGGAGGAGGAGGAAGGGGCUGUGAGCUGUUGGGGGGAUGCCGAGAAGCAGUCAGUUCCCUGCACCCAACACCUAAGGCCCUUCCUCCGUGCGCCCCGCGGGGCGGCGAGCUGGGCGGCGGCGCGGCGCGGGCUCGGCGGCGCGGCCCAUGUCCGGCGCGGGCGAAGCUGCCGCUCCCCGGCCCGCGGGGCCGCAGCGCGCGGCCGAGGCGGGCGGCGGCCGGCCCGGCGCCCGGGCCCAGGGAAAAUGUGAUAAAGACAAUACUGAGAAAGAUAUAACUCAGGCUACCGAUAGCCACUUCACACAUGGAGAGACGCAAGACCAGUCCAUUUGGGGAAAUCCUCUGGAUGGUGAACUCAUCAGAACCCAACCUCAGCGCUUGCCUCAGCUUCAAACUUCAGCACAGGAACCGAGCGAGGAGGAAAUAAGCAAGAUAAAGAACGGCCACACAAGUCUGAGCAAUGGAAAUGGAAUUCACCACGGGGCCAAACAUGUAUCCGCAGAUAAUCGCAAACUUUCAGCACCUGUUUCUCAAAAAAUGCAUAGAAAAAUUCAGUCCAGCUUGUCUGUAAACAACGAUAUCAGUAAAAAGAGCAAAGUAAAUGCUGUCUUUUCCCAAAAGACAGGCUCUUCACCUGAAGACUGUUGUGUCCACUGUAUCCUGGCAUGCUUGUUCUGUGAAUUCCUGACCCUCUGCAAUAUUGUCCUGGGACAAGCGUCGUGUGGCAUCUGCACCUCAGAAGCCUGCUGCUGUUGCUGUGGCGAUGAAAUGGGGGAUGACUGUAACUGCCCUUGUGACAUGGACUGUGGCAUCAUGGACGCCUGUUGUGAAUCAUCAGACUGUUUGGAGAUCUGUAUGGAAUGCUGUGGAAUCUGUUUUCCUUCGUAAAUAUUUAUCUUUUGUUUGUGUUAAAACUGGAGAGUGUUUUAAAUUUUUUUUUCUUUUGAGGGGGUAGAAAAGCACAUGGUAAGAUUCUCAUAAAGCAAUGCGGUAUUUGCACUGUUAACUUGUUAUUUUAAGUAAUCUCUGAAUGCCUUUUUUCUUUAACCAAAUCUACAUGGUUUAAUAUGUGAAAUUUCAACUACUUUUUUAGUUUUUUAAACUUCUUAAUAGGUUACAAUAACUUAGGGACAUUUGGAUCCCCCCUCAUAUUAAAUGUCUCCUCCUUUUUAUUGAUAUUUCUGUUUCUUCUAAUCUUUCUUAGGAGUCCCUUGCUCCAAAUAUGUUAUUUCCAAAUAUAUUAUUUAAACCGGACAGUUUAUUUUUAGGUGUGUAUCUAUUGAUGGUUAAAAGUAAGCAUUCUUUGCUUUAAAGUACACUUUGGGGGGAAAAAACCCGCACAAUAGUUGGGCCACCAGUGAUGAUCUCCGCACUCCCUGCCUUAUCUUCUCCACUUGUUCAACCCACCUUGAGUGCCUGCUGUGUAGACUUUCUUGCCCAAACUGUGGAGAUGGGUACCGUUCCUCUCCUGUCCACAGGAAUAUGCAGUUUAGCAGAGGAAAGAGACCUGUAAAGAAUGAACCAUACUAGAAGACAUACUGAAAUGAAGACUACAAGAGAGAUAAACUCAAAAGGCUGUCGUAAUACCCAGAAAGCAGCUGCCAGAAUAUUCAGAAAGGCUUCAAGGAGGAUGUGGCAUUUGAGGAAGCCUCUUAGGAAGAGUGACUCAUCUCCUACUUGAAUGAGUUAUUUAGAUUUAGGACAAAGUUUAAGGUGGACAGCCUGGACUGUGCCUUUAACCAGUUAAAAGAAAAAUGUCUUCAGCAUAUUUUGUUUUUGUGUGUGGCAGACAUACAGCGUUUUAAAGCAAUAAAAUUUAAAUUCACUAAAAACAUGCAUUUUCUUACCUAUAAUUUAAAUGCUAUGAUAAUUUUUGAUGAAACAAUAACGCUAUUAUUUAUAAAUAAUAGCUAUUUUUUAUAAAGAAGAUUGAAUACUUUUGACAAAUUGCAUUUAAAUUCAAAUUGCAUUAUAUUAAAAUCCCAGUGUUCUGAUUUUGAUUUAUUCAAAGGAUUUCUUUUAUUUUGAGAGCUUUAUGUCUUUUUUUUUUUUUUUGAGGGAGGGAUAUUGUUUGUUUGGUUUGUUUGUUAACCAAUGUUAUAUUUUAUACAUACAGUUAAUCUUAAAUGCAAACCAUUCCUUCCAAUGUAGAGAGAAUCUAGACAUCCACUAGUGUGACCAAAUCUCAGUAUUGCAAUUUUAUGUUAAAUUAAACUAAUACGGCAGGUUAUAAAGAUCCUUAAGUAUAAAGAAAUAAGUCAAUUACAAGACUAAUUAUGUAGUUACUGAGACAUAGAGACUGUGUGGCUCAGAUGAAAGGGAGAGUGAAUUUUCAUACACUUUGCUCUCCUACUCAGUCUGAUCUCUCCAAAAUUAUAGUUUGGUUUCAUUUAAUAGAAUUCGUUGUAGAAGUUUUAGAAGUAUACUUUGGGAUUAAUAAUUAUUUUCAGUUUUUCUGGCUGAAUAUCAAAUUGGUAGUAACAACAAAAGCAUACUUUUAGGAAGCCUUUAGCAAAUCUAGACUUUUAAGAGAAAUUUUUAACCUGAAGCAUGAGAACGUCACUUAUGAUUUUUCCUUUGAAAUGAAGCCAGGUUUCUAGUUAUAUCAUUACUUAAACGGCUUAAGAAAUAAAAAAAAAUGUUAGCAAACUCUUGAAUCUCUCAUUUAGUGCUAUUUACACACACACACAAAGCCUUUAAAUUGUUAGAUAUAAAUAGAAUUCUAGUAAACAGCUGUCUCCCUUUUUCUCCUCUAAAGAAUUUCUUUCAUUUGUUACAUCAAAUAUAAGGAGAUCUUUGUACUAUUUCACAAUAAUCAGAAUCUGGAUAUUUACAUAUAUCCAAAAUUAACUUAUGCUUAUAUAUUAGAAGGUAAGAGUAUCAUCUGUUUAUGAACACGUAAAGCCUCCUAAUGACCUGGAAUUGUUAGAAUAUUUAACUUUUUAUCCUGCAGAGUUUUUCAAUGAAGUGGUUUGUCUAAUAUUUAAAUAUAUCCUGCUACUAUUUGUGAUCAAAGUAUUGGCACAUUUGAAAUAAUGUUUCUCCAUAACAGAGAACAUUAAUGGAUACCAGAAUUUUAUUUUCAUAUUUAUAUUCAUAGUAUUUUUCCUCUGUUGUCUACUCCAGGCAGUCAUUCCAUAAAGCAUCUUGUAUAAUUUCAAAAAGAAAAUGAAAAAGUAGGCAAAUGUGAAAAUAGUUUCAAUAUCUUUUAGGAUUUCUGUAUGUAAAAUGUUUUGUUGAAUUAUAUGGCAAUCAUGACUAAGUGCUGUAAUGUACAGUUACAGAUUUGGUCUGUUUUUAAAUGUGGAAACUUAAUCUUAAAUACUUUUAAACUGGACCUGUAUUAUCCUGAAUAUAUUAUUUUAAAAUUAAAAAAGUACUUCUUUA